AUGGCUUCAUCGUCACUUGUCGUCCCUUUAGUUUUAUGGAACCGAUUACCUUCUUCUCCAGUUACAACGGUUGUCUAUAAAGAAGGUCACGUUGCGACGGGUCUUAAGGAUGGAUUUAUAUGGAUUUAUCGUUGUAUAGUUGACGAACAAGGCGCACUUCAGGUGAAAAUUAAUAACCAUAAUUAUCCAACUUUAAAAGAACAUACGAGAAUAGAAUUCGCAAUAGUGUUACAACAUAAAGUUCUUUGCAUAGGCCAUAAAUCAGCCAUUACUGCCUUAACCAUUACAGAAGGGCCAACCGAUGGCUGUGUUGGGAAUAAUUAUGUAUUAAUUAGUGCAUCGGAAGAUGGAGAAGUUAUGAAAUGGUGUUUAUUAGACGGGAGAUGUCUCGUGAGCAUGCCCAAAGCUUUGGAUGGCAUGAUAAGGAGUAUCAAGCCUUUAGCUACAUGUGCUGAGAUACCUAAAUUUCUCCUUUGUUCUGGGUUCUCAGAUGAGAUUACUAUAUUAAAUUGUACAUCCUUGGAGAUUAUACGAGUUUGGACUGGUCAUAACGAUUGGGCUGCUUGUACUCCAUUUUAUGAUUCCGAUGCACGCCAAAUAAGACUUUUAUCAUCGAAUUUCAAUGGAUUUCUGAAAAUCUGGGCAUUUGAUGAAAACAAACAAUCCAUUAUAAAAGAAUACGAUAAUGUUGGAAUACUGCAGGCUCAGGGGGACAAAAUUUUAGAAUUAAUUAAUAAUCCAUAUGAUAUCGGCGUAAUCAUGGCAGUAACGAAUAAUUUCAUUAUUAUAUUUACGAUACGUCGUGGUAAAAUGUACAAUAUGCAAAGUAUAAGAAUUCUUAAAAAUGGUGCCUUUUGGACUAGCGGUGUAUUCUUGGCAAAAAAUACGAUACUAGCUUACACUCAGACUGGUGACGCGCAUUUAUACUCCAUAUCGUGCACGCCACGAAAAUAUCCUUCCGAGAAUGGCCAUAUAAUGAACUCGGGCUUCGUUCCGCGGCGUUCAUCAUUACCUGAUUUGAAAAGACUUAAUAAAGAGAAACUUUCAUUACCUGGUCACUCAAAACCUAAACUACUAGAAUCCGUUUAUUCUGGAAAUAACGACUUCAUGAGUCCUGCAAAGAUUACUGUGUUUGUGACUCCUAGUGCUGAGGGAAAACAAACUAGAUGUUUUUUAAUUGCCUUCCGCAAUCAAUUCGAGGGGACAUCAUUUGCAUGGAAGUUGCUGUCGACAACUACACAAGAAUAUCAAAUGUGUGAUAAACACGUUCAAGAAUCUACUUGGGGUUCCGAAACUUUUUUGUCUGAUUUAUGGCCGUUGCGAGAUCAUCAAACUCCUAAAGUUACUGUUGCGACUAUGGUGAAUGAUGAUCAGAUAGCAUUUGGAUAUGAAAAUGGUGAAAUUCAUAUCUUGCCAAUCUCUUCGGCAUUGACAAUGGACUUUAAAGAUUUUUCACUAAAUGCAGUAAAGAUAUUGAAAGGACACUUUGGAAAAAUUACAUGUAUGUACACUCCAAAUAUUACUAAUUUUGAUCACAAAUAUCUUGUGACUGGUGGAGAAGAUUGUUCAGUAAGGAUAUGGAGCUUGGAAAAUGGAAAGCGGCUGGCAUCAUUUACAUAUCAUUCAACGCCCGUGACUCAUUUAUUUGAGCCGCCUGUCGAAACGUGCACGAGAAAUAAAGGAUGUAUAAUUUCUGUUGCAAAAGAUAAUUCUUUGUCCAUAAUUUCUUUGGAUGAGAUGAGCUGUUUGUAUAAUUUUGGAGGUUACCCAUAUCACAUAUGCAGAAUUCAAUGGAGAAUAACUGAAGGUCUCUUAGCACUAUAUUAUGGUGAUGAAUCCGUACAUAUAUGGCAGAUGAAGACUUCUGAACUAUAUCAGAUUGUUAAAGGUUCUAUUGCAAGAGAAAUGAUUAAUGACAAAACGUGGCAAUCUAGCACUGUAUCGCCUCAUGACUUCACGGCAUUUACAAGCAAUAAAGUUAAAACUUUGUCAUCAGUCAAUUUACAAAAUAAUGGAGUUUUUAAUUUUCAAAUUUUUAUGAUAAAUGUCAAACAAUUAAUCACCGAUAUUUAUCAUUAUCACGUCUCUCAAAUUGGUUCAAAAGUUGAUGCUCCUGUUGUAAAUGCUGAAGAUUUUGAUGAGAAACCAGAUAAAUUUUCUAAAAUUUUUUCUUGGUCAACUAAUGGCGCAUCUCAUCAAUGUAUUACAUCGUCAUUGCCUUCUGCUUCGGAAUUACAGGACCAGGCAAUUGAUGCGAGUAGUGUUCAAGUUAUAGUCUCUGCUUUAAUGACAUGGGGCAUUGACAACUCUUUAGACCGAAUUUGUUUAGAGAAAUUAGGUUUGAAAAAACCAUCAGAACAUGUAUCCUUUGGCCUGAGAGGGUAUAAUGGCAAUUUAUCUAUUGCAGCACCUUCUUAUGAUCAUCAUGAGGCCUGGAAAAUUUCUCAAACUAUGACAGCAACACAUCUAUUGUCAAUUGUUAGUUUAACACGACCAUUCCUUUUAAUGAAAGGAUUAGAGAAAUAUACUAGUGAUAUUAUCACACAUUAUGGUUCCAUGUUACCCGAAUUUAUAGGUACAAAAUUUCACAACUCUUCUUUAGCUUUCCUUGCAAAAUAUUUUCAGGAUCCAACUGAGGAUAUACGGCAUUCUGCAAAGACUCUUUUUUCUGCGGCAUUAACUAGCAUGCCAUCUAUUGAACUACAGUCUAUCAUUGAUUAUUGGAAACAAUUUUGUGAGUGGAUUGUUCUCCAGCUACCAGCAGUAACGUCGCAAGAUAUGUAUGCUAAACAGUAUAUGGUUAAAUCAACAAUAUUAUUAGGAAUGAUAGGGGCAGAUCACCCUAAAUUUUUAUCAAAAACAGUGUCUGAGAAUACCGCAUUAUCACUUAUAUUACUACUACAUGAUGAAUCUAAAUUAUCCCAUCGACUAGCGGCGCUUGAACUGUGCGCAGUUGUAAAGACUAUAUUUAGAUUUGCAAUAGAUUCUGACGCCAAUGCUGCGACAGUGAAAGCUAUGGCACAAAGAGCAAUAUUUCAAAUAGCAGCAGUUAAUACACCAUUAUGCAUUUCCACCCUUACCUAUGAUACGAAUAAUUCUAAAAAACCUGCAGAAAAACAUGGACUUUUAAAAUUGAUAUCACUAUUUAUUCGUAGAAAGCCACUUGUACUUUACACCAGUCUUUCAUCACUAGUAGAAGCAGUAGUUAAAUCAUUAGACCCGAACAUCCCUAAAAUGCGAGAAACAGUUCUACAAACUACUACAAAUGUUUUACAUGAUUUAGUAAAAACAUUUCCUUCAAUUUCAUUUCAUGGCGGAACACAGAAACUUGCAGUUGGAACGCAGGAAGGAGCGUCUAUUAUAUAUGACUUAAGGACAGCAACACGAUGGCAUAUAUUGGAGGGCCACACAAAAGCGGUCUCAGCUUUAACGUUUUCUGGAGAUGGAAAAUUCAUAGUAUCAUGUUCACUUGAAGAAGGAAUGGUUCGAGUAUGGAAUCCAAGCCCUGGAUUAUUAGGAAUGAUAGCUGGAUCAUUGGCUCCUGCCAAUACGGGUAACAAUUCAAAAACAGAAAGUAAAAGAUUUAAAGCGCUAUCGGCGUCCACAAAACCUUGCAAAACGUUUAAAUUCAGCCUUAGCGAAGAUGUGACACCUGUUCCAACUCGGCAGAUUCUUGGUAUUUGA